UCCCCUCCCUCGGCCGCCCGCCCCUGAGUCUGGAGCCUCACUGCCUCUCCUCGCCUCACAGUGCGGGAAUAUAGCAGCGGCGAGAGCGGGAAUGGACACGGAAGGGAGCCAGAGCAGCCUGUCCUCCGGCACGGACAACUCCCCCCACGACCCCUGCAAAAUGUUCAUCGGGGGUCUGAGUUGGCAGACGACGCAAGAGGGCUUGAGGGAGUACUUCUGCAAAUUUGGCGAGGUGAAGGAGUGCAUGGUGAUGCGGGAUCCCGUUACCAAGCGGUCGAGGGGCUUCGGGUUCGUCACGUACGCAGAACAGGCCGGGGUGGAAAAGGUCUUGGCGCAAAACAGACACGAGCUGGAUUCCAAAACGAUCGACCCAAAGGUGGCGUUCCCCCGUCGGGCCCAGCCUAAGCUGGUGACCAGGACAAAGAAGAUCUUUGUCGGAGGCCUGUCAGUCAAUACCACCAUUGAAGACGUGAAGCAAUACUUCGACCAGUUUGGAAAGGUCGAUGAUGCCAUGCUCAUGUUCGACAAAACAACCAACAGACACAGAGGCUUUGGCUUCGUCACCUUUGAGAGUGAGGACGUGGUGGAGAAAGUGUGUGAGAUCCACUUCCACGAGAUCAACAACAAAAUGGUGGAAUGUAAGAAGGCCCAGCCCAAGGAGGUGAUGACGCCGACAGGCUCAGCCAGAGGCCGCUCCAGAGUGAUGCCUUACGGGAUGGACGCCUUCAUGCUGGGCAUCGGCAUGCUGGGCUACCCAGGUUUUCAGACUACGACCUACACCAGUCGCAGUUACUCCGGAAUUGCUCCUGGCUACACUUAUCAAUUCCCAGAAUUCCAUUUAGAGAGGACCCCCCUCCUGACAUCAUCCCACCCCCCUGAGCUGACAGCCAUUCCCCUGACUGCAUAUGGACCAAUGGCAGCAGCCGCUGCAGCAGCCGUAGUUAGAGGCUCCACCCCUUCACGCACAGCUGGUUUCCUGGGCACCAGCAGCCCUGGACCAAUGGCUGACCUAUAUGCCGCAGCCAAUCAGGAUUCAGGAGUCGGCAGCUACAUCAGCGCCGCUAGCCCCGCCCCUAGCACAGGGUUCGGCCAUGGUCUUGGGGGUCCACUGAUUGCUACUGCGUUCACUAAUGGCUACCACUGAGAAGUCUCAGGUCACUGAAGAUGGGAGGGCUUCUCCUCUGCUGAUGAGCCAAUCACAAUGCUGGCUGCCCACUGAUGGCACAACCUGAUUGGCCGGUCACAGGCUCUAGCGGGCAUCCCUGUGGCUCCACCCACCGACUGAAUAUCUUUUUAAAAAUCCUGAACUCUUGUUUUUUGCUGUACUAAUCUCACUUCCACAUAACGUCCCCCGUCUCUCCUCUUUUGUCCUCAUGUAGUCUAAUAACUAGUCUCCACCCACUCUCAUCCUUUUCUUUUGAAGCUGAGAAGAGAAAACUCGAAGAAAAAAAAAUCUCUGAGGAAAUAUUUGUCGUCUUUGACAAAGACACAGAGGACUAUUGAGUUUUUUAUUAUUAUUAUUAUUAUUAUUAUUAUUUUAUUUCAAUGUUAUAUGUUGUUUCAUCAUGAAAUUGUUGAAAGCUGUUACUGAUGUGGCCAGAGGGAGAAAAAGCCGUGUGACAUGGCUCUUUGUCUGAAAACCAUUUUUCACAAAAGGAAGAACAAAUCCAACAGUCUUUUUUUUUUUUUUUUUUUUAA